AUAGAUCGCUCGAAAAAAAGGGGAAAAAGGAAAGUGCCUUCGGAGCCUUUGAAACUAUGACCGGAAACGAUGAUGAUGUUGGAUUCGGCGAUUUCAAGUUCUUCUCAACGUCACAUUCGAUCAACGGUCCCGGUUUCUCCGUCAAUAACACCGCCUACGACGAAGACGAUUAUGAUUGGGGAGAUUUCAUAAAUUCCGCCAGUAAUAUCCCCCGUACCGGAUCUCUUCCUGUCAAUGAUAUUCAAUUCGACCCCUUUCCCAAAUCGCCCUUUCCAUCUCCCCCUGGCUCGGCGCCGAGCGGAGUAGAGUCGGUGAAAACACAAAGGGAUAAGAUGAAUGGAGCUUUACCAUUAUCGAUUUUCGGGGAAGAAGAAAAAGAAGAUGAUGGAUCUGUUGCUGUGGACGCGGGGCUUAACGGUAUGAAUAGUUCGUUUUCGUUUCAUAAAACGGGUGGGAAUUUGAAAGGAAACGGAUUGGAUUUAAAUGAUUUGAUAGGGGAUUUGUAUAAACAGAAUGAGAAGGGGAAUGUGUCAAAUGGGUUUCGGUCGGGUGUGGACGUUAAUCCGGUAGUUGAUUUGAAUCCGAAGGUGGAGAUUUGGAAUCGGAAUGUGUUGAAUUCGGGGAUAAACGGAUUGGGUCUGAAGAUGGAUACAUUGGAUUUGGGUGGAAAUGGUGCUGCUUCGGUUAAAAAAGAGGAGAAUUUGGGUUCAAAUGGCUAUGCAUUUGGGAUGGAAAGACAAGAGGCCAAUUUGGGGUUUAGUGGGUUGAACUCGGGUUCAAAUGGGUCGGGUUUGGGUGAGAAAGGAUUGAAUUUGGAUUCGAAUGUUGGGAAUUCUGAUUUGGUUGACGAGGAGGACGAUGAUGGUUGGGAAUUCAAAGCUGCGGAACCAAAAGCAGAAAUGGCAGUUGAAAAUUUGAAGAAUAAUCCAAAUGUGCCGGUUUCUAAUUUCAAUAUGUUCCCUUUGAGUUGGGAUCCGUUGGGUGCAAAUUCCAGUGUGCUGAGUUCAAAUAUUAAUGGGGUAAAUGCGAAUGCAAGUAGUACGAACUCUAAUGUAGUUGAUGAGAAUGACGGAUUUAGUGAUGACGAUGGAUGGGAAUUCAAGGCUGCAGAGCCCGAGACACGCUUUGGAACUGGUGAUACUAAGGUUGGCCAGGAACAGGAAAAUCCUAAGGGUCCUGAACUCAGCUUUGGGUUUGGAAACAGUGUGGAUGGUUCUAGUGACUUUUUUGGCACAUCAGUUGGAAUCUCUAAUAAACCUGGUGAACGGAACUUAGGAUUUAGUUUCUCCCCUAGUUUUGAAUCUCAAAACAAGCAGAAUGUUACCGAAAAUGUUGAGAUUUCUUCUUCAGUUGGUAAAACUAUUGGUUCUGACGAAAUAUCCUGGGCUUUUAAGGAAGAGCCAAAGGUUGCUGAUGCUUCCUCUUUUGGGGUAGAAGAUUUUUCAUUUGGCAAUCAUAUCCAGGAGAAUGAGGAUACUUCAAAGAAAUCCAAAGGAGCGUUGCCCCUGUCCAUCUUUGGUGAUGAAGAAGUUGAAACUGAGGAUCCAUUGAGAUAUGUAGAUGUUUCCAUUAAACAUAACAUUCUAAGGACUGAUACUCAUCCAAAUAUAUCUAUCAAUGAUCUGAUAACAAGUUUAUAUAGUCAAGCUGAGAAAAAGGCUCCUUUAAAUCAGAUAAGCGAACCAAGUGAAAAUGGACUUCUUUCCUCUCAUACAGCGGUGGGUCCCGACUUAGCAAAUGGCGAUAAUAAUUUUGAUGAUGAUUUGUGGGAAUUUAAAGAUGCCGUUUCUGGAACCAGAGGAGAAAACCGGAAUUCUCCAUUUGAUUUUGGAGAGUCAUACGGAAAGUACUCUACCAAAACGGAGCUAAAUGAUUAUGUGGAUUUGUAUUCUAAAUUGAUUUCUGAAUUGUGCUUUGUUGCACUUGGUCAUCUUGACAAUAUGAAGAAAGAUAAAAGUAUUGCUGCUCCUUCUGGUGAAGAUUCUGAAGUAAAAGCUAUUGAGAAGGAAAUCCAGGAUCUAUGUAAUGAACUGCAAAAAGAUGGCAUAAUAUCUGAAGUAGCCUUGGAGAAUCUCCAGUCAAGAUGUAUUCACCUUGGUGAAUAUGCCAAGGUUCUAGUAGAAAAGAAGUUUCAAGUGCUGGAAUCAGAAUAUCAGUUAUCAGAGAAAUUAUCACUGGCAGAGAAAUAUAUAGCAUCAACAGUUGAACUCUUGCGACAUGCUGCAUCAACAUUAAAGAUUCUAAAAUUGGGGUCAGUUGAAGAUCAAUCUAAUUAUGUAGCUACGUGGUUGAGGAUUUUGUCUGUUUGUGAACUAGAGCUGAAACAAGGUGCUAAGAUUUGGAAGCAGUCAUUACAAAAUAACAUCCACAAUGAAAUAUUAUCUGAACCUCAAGGCAGGCAGUACAUUCUAGCACUUGGAGAGAUUUUCAGAGUUGUCAGAAUUAUUGGUUCUUUGUCCGUCGAACUCUACAAGCCUUGGAUAUUGUUCAGUUCUGAAAGUCACACUAACUUCCUUGCUCUUGUGCGGGAGUGUUUUACUAUGUGGUCAAGUUCAGGACUUGAAGAAGCCCUUCAAAGUUUGACUGAUUCAACUGAUUUAAAAUAUGAUGUUGAAGCUUUACUUGGUUCUAUUCGGAGUAUUCAUGAUCCUGAUGCGCACGAACUCUAUAAACAAGUUUUCUCCGGACAAGAACCUACAUGCUGCCUAUCAGGUUUAACUGCUGCAGCAGUGCCAGGCAUGAAAAUGGUGCUUUGGGAUGGACGGCAUUACUUUGUAACCAUUGUCAACUUGUGGGCAAAUUUAAUAAGUCGUGAUCCACCAAAUUUGCCACACAUACAUGCUCGAAAAUGUUGAUGGCGUGAAAAGACAAAGGUACAUUUUCCGAAAGUUUCACGGCAUAGAUCACGCUGAAUCAUUUUUCUGUCCGGCACGAGGCUUCUGGAAUGUAAUCAGAGUUACUCUGGUACAAGGAUUUUACUCUUGGAAGAAAGAUGUAGAAGUCUGAGUUUCCUGGAAUCCGAUCUUGUGCAAGGGGGCUAAUCCGAUCAAAUACGAACAUCUAUUAAAUAUUUAUUUAGAUUGGUUGUCAUUCUUUUUGAGAGAGCUGUUAUAUAGAAGUAUGGUGUAGAAACCCUUCCCUAGUUUUCUGAUUUGCUUGUAUUCUAUUAUUCAUUUGUUAACUGGGUGAAAUCAAAUAAGCACCCCAUACAUUUAGAGAUAAGGAGUUGCGAGGCAAAAUAGUUCAUCAGUGCCUUUCUUUUCUCAUGUAUCGCAACAUCAAUAAUUUCA